UCUGUUUUGGGCUGUGAUUACAGAGUAGUCGCUCUUGCGUGAGGAGACAUUCUCAGCUACUGCUUGCCAUCAGCCGAUGUCUUGACAAGGAAAUCUUUCCCGUUUAGGAAAAGUACGAAAAGAUGUAACGCCUUAGACGAUCAAAUUUUAGUCCUUAUCCAGAAGACGUCGACGUUAUGUCGGAGGUAUUCCAUGGUUUUGAACUUCUGCUUCUCGCUCGAUUCCAGACGAACCCAGAGUUGUGGUACGAAUGGCGAGAAAAGAUUUUAUCCAAGGUUGGAGAAAAGGGACUCCUGGCAGACGAAUGGGAAGAUCUUGGGGAAAUGCCACAGAACCUGUGGUUUUUGUCAGUCACACUUCAUCGACGACAGCGCUACCUCAUUCAGCUGAUGAAGGAGGAAGUGGAGAGGGAAUGUCAAAGAAGACUGCCCAAGUGUGGUGAAACUUUGUUGUCACGCUAUAUGGUAAGCCAUGGCUUCACUGAGCUUUAUUUGGACAGCAUGUAUAAAUAUGGGGACGACAAUAAUCUUCCUAGAGAGUUAUUUCAGUGUCCAAAUGUGCGGCUUCUUUCACUGAAGUAUAACAGUCUUGACUACCUACCUAGUGACAUCGGUCGCAUGCAGAGACUUGAGUAUUUAGCACUGACCAACAACAAACUGCAGGUUAGGUCCAUACCUCAUACGUUGGUGUUUUGUCGUUCUCUGCGCACGCUUCUUCUGGACAACAAUCUCUUGGAUGCCUUGCCUGGUUUCUUGCUUCAGAUGCCUUCAAUUCACACAGUCCACCGCCAUGGUAACCACAACUAUUUCAAGUCAACUUUCAUGUGGUACCAUACAGAUGUUUACUAUCGCAUCAUUCCAGUGAUGUGUCAUCCUUCAGCAUCCAUUCCUUUCAAAGAUCAGACUUUACAGUUCUGGGCAGCUAAAGCUAUCAUUGGAUCAAAAAAAGACUUUUUCAGUGAUGUGUGUGUGGCACCUGUUCUGAAGGACUACAUUGCAGAUAUUUAUCAACUGUUCAAUGUGUGUCACAACUGUAACAAAGCCACUUUGGGAAACUCUUUUGGUUAUAAGGUAAUCACCUUCAAGAAUCCCUACCUUGGUAACACCUGUGUGCCAUUUCAACACUGGGCCUGCUCUAUAGACUGUGCAAAAGCACUGGAGAUUCCUGCACGUAUUGAGCAAAUAGCAGCAGCUCAGGAACUUGACCGCCAAUAUGAAGAAUAUGUACAUGAAUGCCAACGCAAAUUCAACGCAACUAAUCGAAACCGCUCUGUGCUUUCAUGCAGGAAUAGUCCAUCUGGAAGAAAGUCAAGUCGAGUGUCAGGAAUGCAGACAGAAAUGACAAAUUUUAUGCUAGAGAAUAAUGGUUCAGAACCAGCUGAGGCAACCAGCCGGGGAUGUGAAUGUGUGAUUUCUUAAAGGUAACAGAUGUCUUUUGGUGUCAAAAUGAAUGUCGACAUGAAGAUUCUUCUGGUUUCUGGUAUCAUUAUUGUUAAAAAAAGGUUAAAUGAUGUGUUUUCAGCGAGAAAUUUAAAAUGCUAUACCCAUCAGAAAGCAGAACAAAAUCAUUUAAACACUUCUUUAUUUAUUACUUUUUACAAAAAUUCAUUUUUCUCCCACAGAGGAGCAUCUCGUUGUACAUAAUGGAAUUUAUUUAUUCAUUAUGCAAGAUCUGUCUGCACUUUACCUGUGAAAUUGUGAGAAACUAGCACCGGAAUGUUUUGUUAUAUUUCGUAUUUAUUUCUUUUAAGGUUAUAAAUUCCAUUGUGCUUGUUUCGUGACCAUCAUGUCUCUCAUGUUAAGAAGAAAAAAAAAAACGCUGAAUGAAGUUAACUGCAAAUAGCAGAAGCAGAAAGUGGGGCAGACCUUUAGCUGUUAUGACAUUCUAUACAAGGGUAUCGUUUUAUGAUGUCAGUUGGUUGCAGUACAUUUCCUGUUUCACUUUGCCUUGAAAAACUGAGAUUAAAAGGCUAGUAAAGUG